AUGUUGUGUCCAUUUGUGUCGACCGGACAGACAAUCGCCGGCCGAUUGGCGGCCAAAGUCGGGCCGUGUGUUGAGUACCGGUCAGUGAAGGCAUUGCACACCUCGUGCUGUCUGUCAGGAAAGAGGAAUUUCCGCAAAUUCCCGAUCCCUAACCAGAGGACACAGUUUGAACACAACAAACUUCCCGCUAGGCUUAUGAACCGGGAAUACGAUUAUCCCGUGAGUCGGGACACACUUCACGUGAAAUAUCCCGGCUUUUGGUUCCGCAAAGAGUUUGUUUACGUCAAGGAAAUGGAGCCCCAAUUGGUUGUUCCCGAUCUGAAGGACUUCCCACUCAAGCCGUACGUGUCCUACAGGUGUCCGGACAUCACUCAGACUGAGUUCACCGCCAGAGACCUCUUCAACGCCACUCUCGCCGACGCUAUUAUUGAGAAGUUUAAAAGCGGUCAACACAUCGAUGUCAAUGUCACCGAUGAAGCGGUGAAUGAGGCCCGCAAUCGCGCCAAACAGACCGGUGCCGACAUGUUUAUGGGCACAACUGUCCACGGAAUCCAAUAG